AUAUGUGCGAGGGUUUGUGAUUAAAGGUCUUGAAGUUAUGAGAGAUAAAGGGGUCGAGACGGAUGGAAGAAGGAUCAGUGAUAGGAUGGAGAGAAGGGUGGAUGGGUGGAUGAAUGUAUCAGAUGGAUGAAUGAAGUGGAUGAAUAGAUGAAAUUGUUACUCCAAGCUUGCAUCAACUAAAUAAACCAAACAAAAUACGAGCAUGUUUUUAAUUUUUCUUGGCCAGUGUCUGUCAAAAUUCAUGCUCAAGUCUUCCAAGCAAACUACCGAGCUAGACACAGUUCUGUAUAUGGAGUAUUAUAUUUCUUAAGCUACAUAAAAGAAGAAUCGUAAUUAAGUGUCACGCAACGCCAAGCCAAACCAAGCCAAACUAAACUGUCUCGACARCUGUCCGCUACUGAACAAGAACACCGCACCACUGAUACAAUAUAAUUCUCAACAAACAAACCUCUUUGUCAACGGCCACUCAAGCAUGUGACGUCAAAUCAGAUACACUGUAUCAUUGCUUAGUCGCAGUGCGUCGGCUUCAUAGCGACAUCAGUGAUAGAACUAGAGUUGGUUGCAGUGCAGACAUCAUGGAAAGAUUAGGUCCACCUAAUAUUAAGUAUCGUAUCCUGUUCUCGCCAAUCUGGCCGGUCCUCGCCUUGGUUUUCUUCAUAACAACUAUAAUCAUGACAGCCCUGUUUAUAUGGAUGGUGGCUAAACCCAGUCAACAACCCAUGACUCUAUCUACAAGAAACCCAAGCAYCUUCGAGAUACCUUGUCCACGACAACCACCUUUACUUGAAUUACCAAAUCCACUGCCAAAAGCCAUCAAGGAUUCGCUCACACUCAUCGACGACCACCUCAAAUCCCUUGCCAAAACUGCCCAAAACAAGUCGGCCAUCUCGGUCAAUAUAUUCUAUCGUGACAAGGUUAUUUGGCGAGGACAUUAUGGCAGCAARGUUUACARAGGUUCCAACGCUCCAGACGAUGAUACGAGAUAUCGAAUUGGAAGCGUGACUAAAAUCUUUCCCGUUAUACUUUUGUACAAACUCUACCAAGAUGGAAUGAUUACCUCAUUAGACGAUCCCUUGAGCAAAUAUGCUCCAAACUUCCAUAUUAAUAAUCCCUUCACUGAGACCAACAUCACACUCAGACAAAUCGCCAGCCAAAUGUCGGGUAUACCGCGCGAGGCGUCGUGUGGUUUCAGCUGCAACAACACUAACUCUAGCGAACAACUUGAUUUUCUCAAAUCUCAGAACCUUGUGAUCGAGCCCUGGACAUCUCCUUCUUACAGCAACCUUGGUUAUGCGUWACUUGGAAGACUUCUGACUGAAAACCUUCUCAACACAACCUUCGAGGAGUGGGUUGAAAAGCAARUACUCCAGCCACUCGGCAUGAAAGACACUGGAUUUGAAAUAAGCAAGAAAGUCCUGGAGAAUAUGGCUCUUCCUUACAGUCCUGAUGGCAAAGUGCUCCCUUUUAUGAACGUGGGAUGGGCAGCACCUGCAGGUCAAAUGUACUCAACGACUAACGACUUGAUGAAGCUAGCAAAGAUGUUCACUACAGUUGACGGACAGGGGAUAUUAAAACGAGAAACCAUACACCAKAUKCUCUUACCUGAUUUCAUCACGCGAGAUGGUUUGUGGUUGUGGGGCUCACCGUGGGAGAUGCGCUUCGUCAAAGGUUUCCUUGCCCGUCAAAAGGGAGGUAACAUCGACAGCUAUAAUGCUGUGUUCUCGGUCAUCCCAGAAAUGAAAAUGGGUGUUAGUGUGCUGGUGAAUGCUGCAUAUGUAUUCCCAGCACGGUCUAUGUCUUGCUUUGUGAUCGCAGACUUGAUCCACUCGACUGUACUUCCUGCUUUGAACGAGACAUUGUUCGAGAUGAGGCGCCAUCAAUCUUUUCCCAUUGAAUCUAAACCGUUCCUCGGAGAGUACUCGGUGACCAAAUUCAUAAAAUCAACAGGAAAGGUAUUCAAUUCAACGAUAACCAUCAAGUCUAAUAUGGACACAAUGGUUGCUAUGAUGAAUCACUCUAUGGAUAGCUUGAGUGCAGGAUUCGUAUUGAAAUACAUUGGAAAACCCCUGCUGUUACAAGCUACAGUCAUAUCUGCUGUCAACUCGUCAUGCCUUUUCCCCCACCUAGGAGUUCUUGGGAUGGUCGAAUUCAAUGCUCCUGGGCCUGRCGGUCUUUGUGAUGGGUUUUCUGUUAUUUUUUUCGAUUCGCUUUUUGUUGGUAAGCGAAUCAAGUCUAGCAACAAGUUACCUGAUACCCCCUUUAAAGAGAAAAUAUCCUUAUGGAGAGAAGAAGAUUUUCUAUUUGACCAGCGUUUUUCAAUAAACUGAUAUUUAGACCAAAAAAAACAACUCCAAAAAAAAACAGCAAAUAUCUUUACAAUUCAUAACCACCACAAGCAGUAUUCCUCGAUAUUCCAUUCUUAUCUAAGUCUAUCUAGUCUAGCCACAGUCAGCUCAUAAAAUUUGCUUUUAGAAAACUUCCGUUGAUUAGUGAUAUCGGUCAAUCGAAUAAUUUUUUUAGCUUAUCAAAAACCUAAUAGAAUAAAAUACAUAUGACACAAA